CAAGGAAACAAAAGCCUACCGGCUCACAGCUGACACCCAAAUAGAUACGCUGUUAUUAAUUACCAUUUUAAAUACGCUUUAGAGGAAACGUUUUCAUCACGAGUGGCCAUUUGAAGGUCGUUUAAGUACAUGUAAAGUGAGUGAAUCUUAUCUGUUAGUCUUGUCGCUUUUCAUUCCACCAGCCUUCACUAUGCUCUGCUGAAACGGCGUAGAAACUACUAUGGCGACUUCUACGUUUCUUACUCGUCUGACAGAAUUAAGAAACAAUGUUGAUACUUGGCAGGUAUUAAGUACCUUGUGCAUCGUAGUGUUUACAGGGAUCGUCUUGGUGGUGUUGAAGUACGCGCUUUUUAGGAGGAAAUACAAUCGAUUGUGGCCUAGUACCAGACUCGGAUUUAUAGAUGUUUUAGGCCAUUUGGGGGAAUUUCCAUGGACAGAGCAAGCAAAAAAUGGAUUUUCAUUCAAUGUCUUUCUCCUUCAAAUUACCUCUGGCUUUAAUCGGAUGUUCCAUGACAAGCAACUCUACUGUUUCUGGGUCUCGUACGUCCCUUUCAUCAUCAUCACGAAAGCAGAAGCGACAGAGGCUUUGAUCAGUGGGACGAAGCACAUGGAAAAAGGAUGGACCUACAUGUGGUUACACCCUUGGUUAGGGACGGGACUACUGACGAGCCAUGGCUCCAAGUGGAAAUCCAGGAGGAAGUUGCUGACGCCCUCUUUUCAUUUCGACAUCCUGAAGGACUUCAUGCCGAUAUUUAACGAACAAGCCCAUGUGUUUGCAAAACGCAUGCAAAAGGAAAUUACAAAGGAUUUUACGGAUAUUGUGAUGCCAGUCACUCUAUGCAGCCUCGACAUUAUUUGUGAAACUACGUUGGGAGUCACCAUUGAUGCGCAAGGAAACAGUGACUCUCAAUACGUAAAGUCUGUAACAAGGGCUGGUGAAAUAAUAAUGGAAAGAAUGGUGAACAGUUACUAUUGGAUAGACUUUUUUUUCAACUUCACGGAGGCUGGCAAAGAGCUAAACCAGCACUUAAAAAUCCUUCACAACUUCACAAUGACGGUAAUACAGGAAAAGAAAAGGAAACUUCUUAGUGGCGAUCCGGACAUUGGAACCAAGAAAAAAAGAAUGGCUUUAAUGGAUUUACUUUUAGAGCAUCACAUUAAGACGAAAUCUCUCACCGAAGAAGACAUUAGAGAAGAGGUCGAUACGUUUGCAUUUGAGGGUCACGAUACGACUUCGAUGGGCAUAAGCUGGGCUCUAUACCUAAUCGGACUGCACAAAGAUGUGCAAGAGAAAGUUCAUGAAGAAUUGGACAGCAUUUUUGGAGAUGACACCGAAAGACAUGCAACUACUGAGGAUAUCAAAGAUAUGAAGUAUUUGGAUUGCGUUCUCAAGGAAUCUCAAAGAAUAUAUCCCUCUGUUCCCAUCAUUGCAAGACAAAUAAACGAAGAUACAAAUAUAUGCGGUUAUCCAAUACCAAAAGGAACUUCAUGUCUUGUUUAUAUCUACAAUUUACACAGAGAUGAGAGAUGGUUUCCAGAUCCAGAAAAAUUUGAUCCUGACCGAUUUCUGCCAGAAAAUAGUGCAAAUCGACACCCAUUCGCUUAUAUUCCUUUUUCAGCUGGUCCUAGAAACUGUAUUGGUCAAAGAUUUGCUCAAAUGGAAGAAAAGAUCAUUGUGUCUACUAUUUUGCGAAGUUACACUCUUCAAUCCCUUGACCAAAGAGACAAGCUUCCUCCAGCUCCUGAACUAAUUCUUAGGUCGUCAUUGCCGAUUCGAAUAAAAGUAAGGCCCAGAAAAAAACUGCUUACUCAUCAAAAUUAACAUGAUAAAUAAUCAAAGUUCAAGGACAAAACUAAAUUAUUGUUGCUAGUUUUGUCAAAUUAUAGAUGGUUAUUAUUUCUUGUUUCCAACUCAACUUUAUUAAAACAGGAAAAAGAAAUCCCAGUGAGAUUUUUAUUCUAUUAUUUUUGUAGAUGAUUUAUGUAUUUUAAAAAAUAAAUGAAAUGUUAGAAUAUAA